AUGCAACGUGAAAUCGAUGAAUUGAAGAGGGAAUUGCGUCACGCUCAGCGAAGACAUUCGUUGCCCAGCUCCGAGCCGUCCUCUAAGGAGACAGAUGGUGCUAGUUACAGACGGAGAUCCAGAAUUCCGCCCAACGAGACUUUAUCCUAUGACGAGGAGUACCACCAUAGACGUAGAUAUAAGAGCCCGCCUCGCAAAGGCUUGGGGAACGAUGCCAUGAACAAGGCGCUGAGACAAGUUUCUAAAUCACCCUUCACACGAAACAUAGAAGGUGCAAGUCUUCCUCGGCGAUUCCAUCAACUCACGUUCACCAUUUAUAAUGGUCGAACAAAUCCAGUAGAACAUGUCAGCCAUUUCAAUCAAAGGAUGGUCGUUCACUCCAAAGAUGAGGCUUUGAUGUGUAAGGUCUUUCCAUCUAACUUGGGCCUAGUGGCAAUGAGGUGGUUCAACGGUUUAAAAGCAAACUCUAUUGACUCCUUUAAAAAACUCACCUGGGCCUUUGGUGCUCGCUUUAUUACUUGUAGCAGGGUUCCUCAGCUUUUGGGAUUCUUAUUAUCUAUGUCCAUGCUGAAGGGUGAGACUCUGAAGGCUUACUUAGAUAGAUACUGGGAGAUGUUUAACGAAAUAGAAGGAGAGUACGAUGAUGUGGUCAUUAGCACUUUUAAGGCUGGUCUUCCAACCGAGCAUGAUUUGAGGAAAUCUCUAAUUGGUAAACCUGUUACUAGUGUACGUCAACUGAUGGAUCGGAUUGACAAGUACAGAAGGGUAGAAGAAGACCAACUGCAGGAGAGAGGAAAGGCUAAAGUGAUCCCUCAGGAGAGGAGGGAUUUCAAGUCGAAUCGGUACAAUAAUAACCGACCUCGGAAAGACUUUGUUGGGCAGCCAGGAUCUGCCAAAAUCCAGGUGGUUAAUGCUGUGUUUCGAGAGCCAGUGCAGCAGGUGCUGGAGAAGAUUAAGAAUAAGCCGUUCUUUAAAUGGCCAAACAAGAUGGUAGGAGAUCCUAUGAAAUGCAACCAAAGCCUUUAUUGCCAAUAUCAUCAAGACCAUGGGCAUACCACCAAAGAUUGUAGAAACUUGUGGGACCAUUUAGACCAGUUGGUCCAAAAAGGGAAAUUAAAGCAACUCCUACAUCAUUCUAGUGGAUGGGGAAACCAAACGGGUUCAGAAUUUCAGGGAGAUGCUUCUUUAAGACUUCCUUUAGGCACAAUAAAUGUCAUAUUUGUUGCCCCAGGGAGAACCGGAUCUUGUCCCUCCAGGGUAUUGUUGGUAUCUCGUUACCCAGCCGAGGAGUCUAGUUUAAUGCCGAAGAGAAUCAAGAUGGGCACCGCAUUGGUGUUAGGUUUUUCAGAUGAGGACAAACUUGGAACCAUACAGCCACAUGAUGAUGCUUUAGUGGUCACACUCAGGAUUGGUGGGUACGAUGUGAAAAGAGUGAUGAAUGACCAAGGCAGCGGAGCUGAGAUAAUGUAUCUCGACCUAUAUAAGGGGCUAAAUCUAAAACCUGAAAACUUAACAGCCUACAAUUCUCCUUUGGUGAGUUUUGAAGGUAAAAUGGUCAUUCCGAAAGAUCAAAUCAAAUUACUUGUGCAAACCAACCCAGAUGUGGUAGAGGUGGACUUCAUUGUUGUAGAUGCUUUCUCUCCCUACACGGCCAUUAUAGGCAGACCUUGGCUUCAUACCCUGGGGACCGUCUCCUCUACUCUUCACCAGAAGAUGAAGUACCCAUUCGGAGGCCAGGUUUUGGAGAUAGUAGGAAAUCAGUCUACAGCUAGAAAAUGCCUGGUAGCGGCCAUCCAACAUCGACCUGAGGCUGAAAUCUCGACCACUGCUGAUAACGGCUUAUAG